AUGCUGCACACAUUUCUCAAUGAACACAAGGUGGAUUGGUCAAAGGUCAUCUUCAACAAUCUUAUCCAUGUCAUCACAUAUCAAAGAACAUCCCCUGGCGAUAUUUCAAAGAAGAUGGGGUUCGGAUUUAUGGUAAGCCAUCUCCUUACUACAAAGAAUGUCCCUCUCAAAGGAGGAAGACGACCUGGCCAGAAGGCAUGCCACAUGAAGUACAAACCCACGGAUUAUGACAAGCAAAAAGCUCUGGAAUUAGAGAUACCUUUGGAAUUGGUCAAAUCUCAACGCAAGACCAAAAAGGCGAAAGAUUCAGAAGAAGACCAACCAAAGCCCAAACGGAGGAAGACAGAAAAGAGUUCGUCUCACAUAAAGACGAAAGAGAAACCUAAAGAGCAACCAAUAUCUACACCAAAGACUGCACCAGAGCCUCUAGCCGGAAAACCUACCCAAACACCACCUGUUCCAUCCAAGAAUCCAGUAGUUGUGGAGGAUUCUUUUGAUGAUGAUGAUAAUCUCAUUCUAUCCAAUCUCGGGCAAAGAUCAACAGGACGAUUCCGCUCUCCUGUAAAAGAAAAACCUGUUCCCCCUCCUUCGUCAAAGUUGGAUGAAGAGACGAAAGAAAUAUCUUCCCAGAAAGAAGAUAAGACGAAAGAAGUAUCUUCUCAGGGGGAAGAUAAGACGAAAGAAGCUCCUUCACAGAAGGACGAAAAGACGAAGACAAAAGAAGCAUCUUCAAAGAAGAAAGCAAAGGCGAAAGACGCAUCGUCAAAGGGGGAAGCAAAGUCGAAAUCUUCCAAGAAAAGAAAGCACAGAUCUUCCUCAGAUGCAAGCUCUCCAAAAUGCCUCCAACCACAAGAACCCAUUUCAGCAAAGCGAAUAUCCCCAUGUUUGACACAAGAACCUGCUGUUAUGGAAACGAAAGUCAAUCACUUAAGUCUCCCACAAGAACUUGGCUUGCCAGAAGAGACGAGAGAAGUGAUUGCCAACCCGAUUGCUGCUGCUGUUCUUCCCACCGAAAGUUCCCUCCCACAAGAACCUACCCUUGCAGAGCAGGUACCGAAUAUUCUAACACAAGAACCUGCAUCGGUAGUUGAGGACGAAAAAGUGAUCUAUGAAAAGGCUGUUGACCCAAAAACUGUUGUGACACUACCAGAAGCUGCACCAAUCCCUCCAUCAAGAGAUCAACUGCUUCGAGAAUCUAUGGAGAAUGAUUACAAUAGGGUCAUGCAAUGGCAAAAGUGGCGCACAUCUCCAAUAGAUACUCUCCUUGACACAGCUGAAGCAAUGAAGGAAGAAGAAAAAUUGCCUUGGAGUGGAUCGGCACGAAAGAUGUAUAUGAAGCACUGCGUCUUGAGACAAUUCGACGAGUGUAUUCAUAUAAAUGGAUCAAAGGACGACAAUGGCAGAGAAAUUGAUGAAGAAAUUGUCUCUGAUGAGAAUGAAGGAUCUGAUGAAAGUAAGGAAGAAGAAAAGGAAGACGAAGAAGAUGAAGAUGCUGAUGAUGAAGAUAAUGGCGCUGAUGAUGAUGAUGACGAUGAUAAUAAUGAUGAUGAUGACAACAAUAAGGGUAAUCCGGAAUAUGACAGUGAAUCUCCUCUCUUAAUCAAUGAUGAUCCCUUACCCGAAAGAACCUCAUCUCAACAUUCAUCCUCAAAAAGUGAUAACAAACAGGAAGCAUCACUUCAGCCUGAAGACUCAAUGCCAACUCGACUUGGAGUUCCUCAUGAUGAAGAAAUUUCAAAUGCACCCAUUGAGGACUUAUCUCGUGCUAUCGUCCUCCACAUUGAUCACAUGGACGAAACUCCAAUCAAGCGAGAAGAUGCUACAAUUCGUGAGGGAAAUCUGGAUGCCUCACCUAUUUUGAUCAGCUCAGCUAGUGGUGGCAAAAAGGAAGCACCACCUUGA